GCGAGAGGAGGCGCUGGGGGCGGUGCGUGUGCGCGGACAAACGGAAGUGUGGGUGACGGUUGAGCCUUCGCCGCCAAGCUGGGAACCGGGGAGAUGGCCGAGACUGACCCUAAGACCGUGCAGGAUCUCACCUCGGUGGUGCAGACUCUCCUGCAACAGAUGCAAGAUAAGUUCCAGACCAUGUCCGACCAGAUCAUUGGGAGAAUUGAUGACAUGAGCAGUCGCAUUGACGACCUGGAGAAAAACAUUGCGGACCUCAUGACACAGGCUGGGGUGGAAGAGCUGGAGGGUGAGAACAAGAUCCCUGCCACACCAAAGAGUUGAAGCAGGCGGCUAAUUCCCCCUGAAGUCCGGAACAGCAUUUUCACAAGCCGAGAGAAGACCGAACGGCUUUUUGAAGGAACUGCUGUGUGUAGACAGGUUUUCUCCCCUGAAGUGUGUGUUCUUCUUCCCACGUGCUGUAUAGUCAGUCUGUAGCGCGAUCCUACCCCCAGUGUCUUGAACUUGGUAACUCCACAUCUUGGACCUUGGUCAGUCGUGCUGUUAAAUAUUAAACACUAAAAUUUUGGCGGUUCCUACAUAAAAUUGUCAAGUUUUUUAGUGUAUUUUUGGGAAGUCGUUGUUUUCUAUUGUUCCUUUUGUAGUAGUUGCUGUUUGAUGAACUGUUGCUGUGUAGGUUUUUAUUAGACAUCUGGUAGACCUUCCAGUUGUAAGUAGUUAGGUUCGGUGAAGGGGGGCAUGCAGCAUGUUGAGGGCUCUAAUGCUCAGCACAGAAUGUUGAGCCGGCACCAGAUGGCGUGUUGGUGAUCCUGUUCACAUGGUUAAAAAGCCUCUAAAAAUUGUUGAUUCGGAAAUGUCUGGCACUACCCGCUUGCCGAAACUCAACACUGACCCUCAGCGUCCCAUGUUAAGUCUCUGAGGCCAGAGGCUGGCACUGACAAGUGACCACUGCCACUUCUGUGUGCGAAAAUUGUUCCCUUUGCAAAGUGACACAACCGCCCGAUGUUCCGAGGCGCUCAUUAGGUCGAGUUUUGCACAGGAUUGCCAUACUUGCGUAGGCCCCUGUGCUGUCCAUCUCUGGUCGUCACCACAGAAAAUGCGGCAGCGUUGCACAGCCCCGUUCACCGUCCUGCCUGGGAGCUGCUGCUCGGGAAAAGGAGCAGAACAGGAAGACAGACCACGGCAGUCCGUGCCGGUUGCUUGGCUAGAAAAUGACAAAUGAUUUGUAACUGGCUCCAGUUCUUAAGACUUCUUUCUUUCAACUCUUUCUUACCUAAAUUCUUAGAGAAUUGUGGUUUUAUUGUUGAUUAUAGAAGACAGGGAUAAUAAUACUCUUUUGUCACUCAAAAAAGCGGUGCCCGGAGUGCCAGGCCGGAAGCCCAGGACUGACUGUGCGGGAGACCCGUGCUAUUGCCACGGUGAUGGGACCUUGUCCAGGAAAAUGAGAAAAGUGGAGGGAGGGGACGGCGCUCCUUAGAAGGGAGCGCUGAAUGAGCGGACGCAGUGUGAGUUUUUUGAACUUUCCUAUACCCCCAGUCGUGUUUGUAUUGCACAUAUGUGAUGUGAUGAUGGAAUCACGUGUCCUGCUUAGAGAUACACAAGCGGAUGAGUUUCUCCUGAGAUCCUGGGAUUGAGCUCGAACUACCCCGCUGCAGAAACUUCUCUGUUGGGCCAGUAGGUGGCGCUGCGAGGCGCCGCCCCGCACAGGAGCCCCGCAUGGGAGACUCAGCCUAGGACCUGGCCACUUGCAGUCGGGGUGUAGGUAGGAGUUGUCUUACGUAAAGGAAAGAUUUCAGAGGCAAGUGGCUCCCCAACCGGAAAUAUCUGCCGUGAAUAAAGGUGCCUGAAAUCCUG